AUGACGGUGUCACCGCAGGACACAAUGUUGUCUCGGUGGCAAACGCACAUUGCCGAACAGUCUGCGCGCUUGGCAGGUGCUGGGGCGUGGUGCACCGAAUCCGACGCAGCAUCCAUGUCAGUACCAAAACGCGCAUCAGCAUUUUUAUUUCGACCCCGCUUCGCUGGUGUUGCCCGGUUCCGACGAAUCAUUUUGAUUCUUGCUGGCCUGUUUCUCUUUGCAAUAGGCAUGAUGCACCUCAAUGAGCAAGGCCACGGCCUCUCCGUGCCAGGUGGCAUGCGACACCUGCCCUGGGGCGGCGUGCCGGCGAUCAACGCCACGAAACAAAGGGAGGAGGAAUCUGCGGCGGAGGCCGAAGCUGCAAAGUAUGUUGCGAACAUGGCCGUCGACGAGUUUGACACGACGACAACGACACAUCUUCCACACAUCCCUGCCAAGAUUUGGCAAAUCUACCUCGACUUCAAACCGAGCGUUCUCUCCGUAACCUCCCUGGGCACCUGGCUGUCCCGCUCGCCGUCAUACUCGUACACAUUGUUGGACAAGGGCGGCGCCCUCAGCAUGGUCCGCCGACUUGUCACCAUGGCUACCCCUAAAGCGGGAGAGGUUCUGCAGCGCGUGCCCAUCUACCCAGACACUUUUCGCCAGACCACUGGCCCGACCGAGAGUGUGGAGGGCGGCAGCGUCAGUGACAGCCUCAGCGACACGGGCGGAGCUGCCCGUAUCAAUGACGCCGCGCCCGAAAUGAGAACGCUUGACUUUGCCCGCGACGCCCUCACACAGUACAAUGGCAUGCAGCGGCGUGUGCUGCGUGCGGACUUUAUGCGCUACCUCGCGCUGGCUCUCCACGGCGGUGUCUACUCGGACAUGGAUACAACGCUCGUGCAGCCCAUUGGAGACUGGGUCCCCGGCAAGUUUCGGGCGGAAACUCGCCUCAUUGUCGGCCUCGAGUCCGACUCCAGCCCGCCCGUCGAGGACACCACCUACGAGGUCCAGUUCUGCCAGUGGACCCUGGCGAGUGCGCCUAACCACCCGACACUCUGGACGAUGCUGGACCGCAUUCUGGCCAAGGGCGCCAAGUUAAAAGGAGGCUUUCUGGCGGGAAAACUGUCCGACAAGGACGUUCUGGCCAUCACCGGCCCGGCCGCGUGGACCGAGGUCGUUUAUGAGCACCUGAACCACGUGGCCGGCACGGGCGUCGGGCAGCCGCGCAUUACGUGGGAGACACUGCAUGGCAUAAGGGAACCGCAGCUGUUCGGAGACACGCUGGUGCUGCCGAUUGACGGGUUUGCGACGGGCGUGCCGCAUUCGCACGCAAGCAGGAGCCGGUCGAAGCAGACGCUGGUGGAGCACCACUUCCAAGGUCAUUGGCGAGAUGACAGGGGUUAG